CUGACCUUCUGUGUGUGUUUUCUUCAGGAAGCUCUGGAGAAACAAGCUCAACACGCUCAGACUGUGUCAGAAAAACUGUGGCUCGCCGAGAGAAACCUGGAGGAGCUGGAGCUGGAGAAGGAAACCAAAGCCAAGAAAGCUCUGGAACUCAGCAACACUGUUUUAAGACUGGAGACAGAGCUGGCAGACGCGCUGCAGGAGGGGAACCAGGCACGAGUGGAGCUGAGUUUGCAGCAGAAGCUGAGGGCUGAUGUUCAGCUGCGGAUGGAGGAGCUGGAGGAGAGCGUGCUGGAGAAAGACCAGGAGCUGCUGCGCCUCACACAGAUCGUCAGCAGACUACAGGGAGAGGUGUCAGGUAAGCUGAGUGAUAAGGAGCAGACGCUGGAGGAGGAGAUCCAGCUGCGGGAGCGUAAACAGCUCAAGCUGGCUCAGGAGAAGAUCAUCGAUCUGGAGGGAGAUCUGGAGGAGCUGAAGGAGAACGAGCAGCGAUGGGCGUCCAAACUCUGUCAGUCGGAGCAGCUGCAGAUCAAGCUCAUCCAGGAGAAAGAUCUCAACGAUCGGCUGGAGUGUGAGAAGGCCAUCCUGGAUAGACAGCUGCGGGAUCUGCGCAGAGAGAUGGAGGAGCUGCAGAAUAACAGAGUGGAGGUGGACUCAAUCACCAGAGCCGAGAUUAAAGCCAAAGAACUGGAGAACACACUGCGCACCGAGGAGAGGAAUAAAGUGGUGAUGAACAACACCAUCAGCAAACUGGAGAAGAAGAUCCACGAGCUGAUGGAGCAGAUGGAGGAGGAGCACAAGAUCUCCACCGAACAGAGAGAGCUGAUGAAUCAGCGCAUCCGUUCACUGAAGCGGCAGCUGAACGAGGCCGAGGAAGAGGCGAGUCGACGAGACGUCCAGCACCGACACACACACAGAGAACUGAUGGAGGAGAGAGAAACUAACAGCCGCCUGCAGAGACAACUGCUGGACCAACAGCUGCACAACAAGAGGAAAGAGUCGAGACAAACUCUGGAAAGCCUGAAGCUGAACCUGAGUGAAGAGGAUGAUGAUGAUGAGGAAGAGCAGCAACAGAGCCAAUCCAAACCCACAGAGAAGCAGAUCUCUCAGGUGUGACGGGACCAGACCUAACCGCAGCUAAAACUACAUCAAAAACUGACAAACCCCAAUGUAAACCUGCUGUUUCCCCUCAAAUAUCAAAGACUUCAAACCAAAACAGAUCACACAAACCACUUGAGUCCAGGUCUACGAGAGAGAGAGAGAGAGAGAGACCGGAUCCAGAGAAGCUCCGCAUUAAACAGGAAGUGGUAAACACUGUGGAAAAGCUCUUUCCUGUGGACUGACGCUCUUAGGAUUUUAUUGACAGGUUCUUUCAGGAGAAUCUGCUUCGCCGUCACUGCCAGAUCUGGUUACAGUAAGCUAUCGUGUGCAUUAGUUCUUUAUCAAGCUCUCCUUUCUGUUUCUGUUGUUAUUUUCAGUUCAAUCAGCUGUUUACAUUAUGCACAUAUUAAUAUAAUGGAGAUAGGAAUGAAUAUUGCUGAUGAAGUGUUUGUGUAUUUGCAUGCGUUCAGCGAUCAGGACGGCUGAUGUACGGACCUGUGCUGAUUUUCUUCUUCUGAAGGUUUUUAGGGAAUCCUCUUUAUUAAGUGUUAAUGAUGCUGUGUGUCUGUGAAAUACAGCAGCAGUUUCUGCUCCAGGCUGUUCACAAGUUUAAUGUGGAACUACCAAAUGGUAAUAAAAUAUUAUAAACCAA